AUGGAUUUAAGGUAUACCUGCAGAUAUGCUGAAAAGCCACCAAGCGGUAAAGAAAAGGCUCUUGAGACAAAACAGUUCUUCAAUGCUGAAAAUCUGCGUGUGGUUGACCUAGCAUACUCUGGAAUUCAGGAUUCGUAUAAUUUCCACAACUACCAGUGGGCCUGCAUUGUUCUGAGAAGCGUCCUAGAGAAUGAGAACAAUUACACUCUGUGCCUCCAUGAUCGUGAUUUCCCCGUUGGUGUCAGCAUACAACAGAACAUUGUGGACGCCGUCAACAACAGUCGGAAGGUCAUCCUGGUGAUCAGCAGAGCCUUCCUGACCAGUGACUGGUGUGAGUUUGAAAUUCAAAUGACAGGCAUGCGCAUGAUGAGAGAUGGACGUGAGAACGCCAUCAUUGUGAUCAUGAUUGAAGAGAUCCCUGUGGCAGAAAUGCCAAGAUCGCUACUAAAUCUGUGGAAACACAUCACAUUUCUUCUGUGGGAUAACGAACGAGCUGACGAGCCGGAAUUCUGGGACAGAUUACUUGAGGUGAUGGCGCGUCCUCAGUUACUCAUCAUCACACAACGGAAAUGGGUGAAUCUGAGCGUCUAA